UCCAAAUAUUCUGCUACUUGAACCUCCGCUGUUCAUGAAACUUGCAAGGCCCAUUUCGCGACGUUUCACCAGCUUCUCAUCCCGUUUAAAACCAGAUCGAGUAACCAAGAAUCCCCUGUCUAUCACCGUCGCUAAAGAGCUUCACGCGUAUUUAAUCAAGACCCACCGCCACGAUGAUUCCUCUUCAAUAUCUUCCGUUAUCAGAGCUUACUGUCUUGCUCCCUUUCAUUUGCACAAAGCCUAUCUCGUUUUCAAUCAAAUUAAACUACCCACUUUGUUAAACUUUAAUCUCAUGAUCCGUGGUUUUUCCCAGAGUACCCAACCCAUUGAAGCUAUUAAAAUCUAUUACAAAAUGUACUGUUUCCACGGUUUUUCUGGUGAUAAUAUGACUUUUAUUUUUGUUUUCAAGGCCUGUGCUCGAGUUUUAGAUAUUAAAACCGGUCAAAAGUUUCAUGUUCACGCUGUGAAACUAGGGUUUGAUUCCUAUUUAUUCGUUGCAAAUGCGUUGAUUCAUAUGUACUCUAGCUGUGGUGAUUUGGAUUUUGCGAGGAAAGUGUUUGAUACAAUGGGCAAAAGAGAUUUAGUUUCUUGGAAUUCUUUGAUUUGUGGGUACAGUCAAUGCAAAAAGUUCAAGGAAUUGUUGGGUUUGUUUAACGCAAUGCAAGAAGAUAAUGUGAAAGCUGAUGCUGUGACAAUGGUGAAAGUUAUUUUAGCUUGUUGUUAUACGGAUAACAUGGGUUUGGCAGAUUCUAUGGUUAAAUAUAUUGAGGAAAAUUGCAUUCAUGUUGAUGUUUAUUUGGGUAACACUUUGAUAGAUAUGUAUGGAAAACGUGGUUUAGUUAAUUUAGCACGGGAAGUUUUUGAUAGAAUGCCUGAGAGAAAUUUAGUGUCUUGGAAUGCAUUGAUCAAGGGGUACAUAAAAGCAGGGCAAGUUGUUGAAGCAAGGAAGGUUUUUGACAACAUGAAGCAAAGGGAUGUGAUUUCUUGGACUUCCAUGAUUACAGGUUACUCUCAAGUUAACCAAUUUAAAGAUGCAUUGAAGCUUUUCCAAGAUAUGAUGGCUGCUAAGGUUACACCUGAUGAGAUUACAGUGGCUACUGUUCUUUCUACUUGUGCCAACUUGGGUGUUCUUGAUGUUGGACAGGCAGUUCAUGACUAUAUCUGCAAGCAUGGUAUACGAGCCGAUGUUUAUGUUGGAAACUCCUUGAUUGAUAUGUAUUUCAAGUGUGGUGUGGUUAAGAGGGCUUUGGAAGUAUUCCACGAUAUGAAAGAGAAGGAUUCUGUUUCAUGGACUUCAGUUAUCUCAGGACUUGCUGUUAAUGGUUUUGCUGAUUCUGCACUUGAAUAUUUCUCACAGAUGUUGAAAGAUGGUGUUGGCCCAACUCACGGGUGCUUUGUUGGGAUUUUGCUUGCAUGCACUCAUGCUGGAUGGGUAGAUAAAGGGUUGGAAUUUUUUGAAAGUAUGGAAAAAGUUCAUGGACUAACCCCUGAAAUGAAGCAUUAUGGCUGUAUUGUGGAUCUUUUAAGUCGUUCUGGGUAUCUAGAAAGGGCCUACGAGUUCAUUAAGAAAAUGCCUGUACAUCCAGAUGUGGUACUGUGGAGGAUAUUGUUGAGUGCAUGUAAGCUUCAUGGAAAUGUAGUCUUAGCUGAGAUUGCCACAAACAACCUUAUUGAACGGGAUCCUUCUAACAGUGGAAAUUAUGUUCUCUUGUCAAACACUUAUGCAAUCUCAGAUAGAUGGGAUGCUGCUACGAAAAUGAGAGAGUUGAUGGACGGGAACAAUGUGCAGAAGCCUUCUGGUUGGAGCUCCAUUGAAGUAGAUAGAUGACUUGAAUUGUUAUUUACUAAUUUAAUCUUUUAUAGAAUACACAAAAAAUUAACAACUUUUUUUAA